GACACGGCUUAUUUUGUUAUAUAAAUAUGAUUCCUUUUCCCAGAGAAAAACAUAGCGCAAUAUUGGCAACUCCGUUCAGCAGUCUGGGGUGGAUACUUGCCAAAUCUUCUCAGAUAAUUUGUGAUCAACCACAAUGAGUGCUAAAAUAUUUGCUGCCACAUUUGCUUUUUGCCUGCUUUAUACUGCAUUUUCUAAAGGUGUGUAUAAAAUUAAAACUUCUGAAGGACUACGGUGUCAGUGCAUACACACCCAUUCUGCUUUCAUCCCUCCGCGACUGUACAAAAGUGUGGAACUUAUACCCAGUGGUCCCCACUGCAAAAAUGUAGAAGUUAUCAUCACAAUUACAUCUGGCGAACGUGUGUGUGUGGAUCCUUCUCAGCGCUGGGUGCAAAGAAUUAUCAACAGCAUAAUAGAAAGCAACAAUAAUAAGGAGCUGUUGACUCAAAUAGAAGACUUCUAAGAUGAGAAAAACUGUACCUUAUAUAUUCAUGGAAAGGUUGACCUACUUAUUUUUCCUUCUUCUUGGGAAUUAUAAUAAAUGCUUCAUUAUUGUUAUAUGUUUUAUAUAUAUCUUAGGCUGACAUUUACUAUCACCAUUCUUCACUGUUAUUCAGUAACACACUAUUGUACAUUUUUAGAGGGUUUAACCUUCCAAAGGUGACCUCCUGAAGGUUCUUUGCCAUGCCCUGAAUUGCUCCAAACAUGCCUAAUUACAUCCUUGCCAUGUCCCCAGCUUUGCCACAACCUCGUAUAUAAGUCAAUGAGACAUACAAAACAUUUACCAGAAGGCUUAAAAGCUAUAGAAUGAGAAUGUUUAGGUUAGGUGUAAACACAAAUGAAGAUACAGAAGUUUAGUUAGAUUAAUUAACUUUUUAUAAGGUUGAGGGCUAAGCCCCACUCAAAGAUAUUCUGCAAUCUCUCUGAAUUCUGUAUUGUGCUAGGGCAGUGAUCCCCAACCAGGGGCUCGCGAGCAACAUGUUGCUCAAUACCCCCUUUGAGGUUGCUCCCAGUAGCCUCAAAUU